AUGGCGCCGAGGCAGGUAGGGAUAGUGAAGUCGUUCAACGAUGAAAAGGGCUUCGGUCUCAUCACCCCCGCUGGCGGCGGCGCGGAUCUGUUUGUGCACUUCCGCAACAUCCAAGCCUCCGGCUUCAAAUCCCUCAAGGAGGGCCAGCAGGUCACGUUCGUCGCCGUCCAAGGCCAGAAAGGCAUGCAAGCCAAUGAAGUCAUCACUGAGGAGUAA